CGGAACACGGAGUUUCGAUACGAACUCGAGCCGGGGCAGAGGCGUAAGGUCGUCUCUGUAUAAAUGCGUGCGUGCGUGCGUGCGUGCGUGCGUUCAUAAUUUUCUCUUCUUCGUCGGUGGCAGUUUAGCCUUUCAGCAGCAACGGUACGCGUUCCCUUCCUCCUUCUUCCCUUUCUUUUGCUUCUCCUUUCUUUCCCUAGGUCUCUCCUCGCUGUCCCUGAAACUCGUGCAGUAUGCCUUAACCCCGUUAAAUCGCAUCUCGUUAACAUUGCAUCGCUCCGCGUACAGUACGUGUCGUUGUUCGGUGUAUUUUACACGCGUGUCGGAAGUUCGAACUUCGUGCGAAAUAUUCAAUUAAACGUUAAUUCAAUUCCCCUGGAGUGACGAUCAAUUGCCAAUCAUCGGAGACAUUAAUGGUAGUUGCAUGUACAGUCGAGUGUCUUGGGAGUUGCAGUUGUUAGAUCGUGGAUGAUUAUCGCUACGAUGAAUAAUUCAGCAAUUAGCUUUUCAUUCAAUGUAUUUUCCCGCAGCUCCUGACAUCUUUAAGAAACGAGAUCUCAAUUCAGAAGAAAUAAAUAUCUCGUCAACCAUAGUGAAAGAUGUGUCGUUUUAACAAAUAUUUCAUUUGCCGACUCAACGAAUUCAUUUAUUCGUUGUUUGUUAAUUCAAGUCAUUCAAGAAUACUUGAUACCACUCGAUUCUGUGUCAACACAUUGAAUUUUUCAUGAUCGUGGACAGUGUCCCAUUUUUUUGUAUCCUAUAUACAUAUUACGUACACACGUCUGUGACUCCGCGCGCGAUCUAACAUUCGCCAAUAAUUAUUUAAAAAGCAGUGGCGCGUAAUUUCCAAUAAAUAUUUCCAAAGCGUGACGUCGAUCGGCCGCGUAGAAACUCGCUAAAAACCGUAGUAACGAGAAUCGAUUAGCGAGACGUAGAUUUGGUUUUCGAAACGGUGUUAAACGGGACGUUUUUAAUUAACGUUUCGUUUCGUUUCGUUUCGACUUGACCCGCUGAUAAUCACGUGCCCGCACGAAACGUCAAGUCGGAGCCGCGUGCGAGGAGAGCUGACAUUUCACCAGGAGAGGCCAAGAGAGUGCAAAUACUGCGCUCGUGAGUCACAGCCGACAAGUGUAGUAACUUGCACCUCUAUAAACAGCUCCGAAGAUUCAAUCGGCGUAAAUCGAACUGCGUAAUUCGAGAACCGUCUGCGACACGCGUCACACGACGUCGCGAGUAAUCCUUUGUUUUCCUAUUGACCUCGCUGGCGAUAACGUUCAACCGAUAUCCGCUGACCCAAACCUGUGUGCAUGCAUUAUGUAUGACGAUGGUUGAAUGUUAGGAAGUCUCGCAAUAUCGAGUCACGCUCGUCUUAAACUACGGAUUUAAAGGAAAAUUGCAAUUCCACGAAAUUUCAAUUCGAAGUUUAAAUUCAAGUUGUAUCUAUUUUGGAAGCGAAUUGAAAAUUGAACUAACGUACAAAAAAGAAAAAAAAAAAAAACGUUAUGUUGGUCGUAUUUCAAUACCAGUGAACUUCGUAUCAGUGGAUUUCAUAAUUCAGCGAAAAAACGAGAGGUUUGAAACGCUGAGAUUAAGAGGAGAUUAAGAACACAAGUUACACAAAGUGACAAGCGAUUAAAAUUGAUUAAAAAGGAACUAAAGGAACAUGCACAAUUUUUAUAACUAAUAAAACAGCGACUAAUUAGAGAAAUAUAUAUUUCGAAAGUGUAUUCAAAAUGUGGGAUAUUUUGAAACUAUUUCUACUAUUGCUCCUGGGAAUUAUAUAUCGUUUCCUCACCUCGACGUUCAACUUUUGGAAGAGUCGCGGCGUACAAUUCCGAAAGCCCACAGUGUUGUUCGGAAAUUUCUCAGACAUGUUGCUGUUCCGGAAAUCGUUACCGGAAAAUAUAAAAGGGAUGUACGAAUGGUUCGAAGACGAGAGAUACUUCGGUGUGUUUCGUGUUAGAUCGCCUAUGCUGAUCUUACGGGAUCCGGACCUCGUGAAGGAUAUUUUUGUGAAAAACUUCGCCUGCUUUUCGAAUCGUGGCAUACCGGUGAACUCGCAGGACCCGCUGUCCGCCCAUCUGUUCAACCUCGAGGGGAAGAAAUGGAAGAGCCUGCGGUCGAAACUGACUCCGGCGUUCUCGUCCGGCAAAUUGAAAAGGAUGUUCUACCUGCUGGCCGAAUGCGGCGAGGAGUUUCAAAAAUUAAUCGACACGUCCUCCGAGACCGAUCGCCCGUACGAGAUUCGAGAACUGGCGGCGAAAUUUACGAUAGACGUCAUCGGUAGCUGUGCUUUCGGCAUACAAAUAAACGCUCUCACCGACGAGGAAUCCGAGUUCCACAGGGCAGCGAAGAAACUCUCGAAGCCAAGUUACACAGCGACCCUUUGGAGAAUGCUCAGGACAGCCCUGCCAAAAUUGUAUAAAUUCCUAGGCGUUCAAGUGAUCGAUCCAGGAGUGAGCAGAUUCUUCAAGGACAUGGUGUCGCAGAUGAUUAGCCAGCGAGAGGAGCACGGUAUCAAGAGGCACGAUUUUAUGGAUCUGUUGAUUGAAUUGAAGAAUAAAGGAACGUUGGACGAGUCUGCGAACGGGCAAGUUUGGAAUAACGAGGACGGAGAAGAGAUAGAAUUGGACGAGAACAGCAUUGCAGCGCAAGCGUUUGUGUUUUUCACCGCUGGCUAUGAAACAUCGUCCAACAUCAUAGCGUUCUGCCUACACGAGCUCGCGUUGAACACCGAGAUUCAGGAGAGAACGAGACGUGACAUACAAGAUGCCAUCGAGAACAGAAAUGGCAAAUUGACCUACGACGCUGUACAAGACAUGAAAUAUCUCGAUAUGGUCAUCGCAGAAACGCUUCGAAAAUAUCCUCCAGCUCCUAUGCUAUCUCGAAGAUGCGAACACCAGUACCCGGUUCCAGGAAGUAAGCUUGAAUUACCAGCAGGUAUGCGGGUGAUCAUACCGAUUUAUGGAUUUCAUCACGAUCCAAAGUAUUAUCCAAAUCCAGCAACAUUCGAUCCUGAAAGAUUCACAGAAGAGAACAAACGAACCAGGCAUUCUUACACGUAUCUUCCAUUUGGUGAAGGACCUCGAAAUUGCAUAGGUAUGAGGUUUGCAUUGCUGCAGAUCAAAGUGGGGAUAAUUUCAUUUCUUAAAAAACAUAGAGUGGAAACAUGCGAAAGAACAAUUACACCGAUAAAAUUCAGUAGACGAAGUCUCGUGACAACCAGCGAAAAAGGUUUCUGGCUUAAAAUCGUGCAAUGCUCUUAAAUUUGCAAAAUAUCUAUCGUGUACUUAAAAUACCUCAAUAUCAAUUUUUUUGUUAGUAUUAAUGCGGCCAGUUUUAACAACAAUUUUAAUCUCAAUUUUUUUUUUUAUUUUUAUACUUCAUGAAUAUUUAUUCAAAAUUAUUAGCAUCGUUUUUCUCAAUAGUUAAUGAUAUUUCAGUGAUAUUUUAUUUAUCAACAAUACAUGUAUUUAUAAUUAUCUUAUGUGCAACUCAUUAGUAAUUAUGAAUAUGCUUCAUUUCUAAUGGAUGCUAUUUAUAGUUAGUGCUAUUGCACUAUCUUCUAAAAAAAAUUUUAUCAAACAAAUAAAACGUUUGUAUUUUUGUAAACAUUUUAUAUGUUAAACGUUAGAAUGUAUUUAUGUAAUAAAUAUCAUACGAAUGAAAAGUAUUAUUAGUAUGUGAUAAGUAUGGGUCUGCAGAUGUGUGAUAGAUAAUGAAUAAUUAAGCGAAAGAGAUUAAAUGUUUAAUCUAAUGUAUCAAUUACAAAUGAAAAGCGAUUCUGAGAUGCGCGAUUAGUCCGAAUGCAUUAAUGUAUUUACCUUUGAGUAUACAUGAUAAAAAUAUGCGUGUGUAUGUGAAGUAUUUAAAAGUACAGUAUAAUUGAGAGGCGAGAGUCGUGAAUGAAUUGUUCAAGGAAGAGAGUCCUAUAAAAGUUAAGAGUAAGAUGUAGUAUUAUUACUUCUAUUCAGCAGUUUUAGUAUAUUAACAUCUUAACUACUUAAAUAAUGAUAAUAUAGUUUAUAUUCCAUUCAUUUAAGAAAGAUUAUUG